CUCGGUUUGCAUCAUCCCCAUCACACCCUUGGGGAAGAGGAGCCAGCCCCCUUUUCAGCCACAGCUUCCGGCCAAGCGACCCCUCCUCCUCCGGGUCCCCCCAGGCUCUUCUGCCACCUUCCUCAGCACGGUACCCCUCUUCAGCACUCUCUGAUCCUCGCUGCCCUCCUCCAUCCCUUGUUGUAUGUUGCCCACCCCUUAAGGAAGAAUGGUUGAUUUGGAGAGCGAAGUGCCCCCUCUGCCUCCCAGGUACAGAUUUCGGGAUUUGCUGCUAGGGGACCAAGGCUGGCAAAAUGAUGACAGGGUUCAAGUUGAAUUCUACAUGAAUGAAAAUACAUUUAAAGAGAGAUUAAAAUUGUUUUUCAUUAAAAACCAGCGAUCAAGUCUAAGAAUCCGCUUGUUCAACUUUUCUCUCAAAUUGUUAAGCUGUUUAUUAUACAUCAUCCGUGUGCUGCUUGAGAAGCCCUCACAGGGAAAUGAAUGGUCUCAUAUAUUUUGGGUUAACAGAAGUCUACCUUUAUGGGGCUUACAGGUCUCAGUGGCAUUGAUCAGUCUAUUUGAAACAAUACUCCUUGGUUAUCUCAGUUACAAGGGAAAUAUCUGGGAACAGAUUUUACGAAUCCCAUUCAUCUUGGAAAUAAUCAAUGCGGUCCCAUUCAUUAUCUCAAUAUUCUGGCCUACCUUAAGGAAUCUAUUCGUUCCAGUUUUUCUAAACUGUUGGCUUGCCAAACAUGCAUUGGAAAAUAUGAUUAAUGAUCUUCAUAGAGCCAUUCAGCGAACACAGUCUGCAAUGUUUAAUCAAGUUUUGAUUUUGAUAUCUACAUUCCUAUGCCUUAUCUUCACUUGCAUUUGUGGAAUUCAGCAUCUGGAAAGAAUUGGCAAGAAACUCAAUCUCUUUGACUCCCUUUAUUUCUGCAUUGUGACAUUUUCUACUGUGGGCUUUGGGGAUGUCACUCCUGAAACAUGGUCUUCCAAGCUUUUUGUUGUUGCUAUGAUCUGCGUUGCUCUUGUGGUACUCCCCAUACAGUUUGAACAAUUGGCCUAUUUGUGGAUGGAGAGACAAAAAUCGGGUGGCAACUAUAGUCGUCACAGAGCUCAGACAGAGAAACAUGUUGUCCUGUGUGUCAGCUCACUGAAGAUCGACUUACUGAUGGAUUUUCUUAAUGAAUUCUAUGCACAUCCAAGACUGCAGGAUUAUUAUGUGGUUAUAUUGUGUCCUACUGAGAUGGAUGUGCAAGUUCGGAGGGUCCUACAGAUUCCAAUGUGGUCCCAGCGAGUGAUCUACCUUCAAGGCUCAGCCCUUAAAGAUCAGGAUCUCCUGCGAGCAAAGAUGGACAAUGCGGAGGCCUGUUUCAUUCUGAGCAGCCGCUGUGAAGUGGACAGGACAUCAUCUGAUCAUCAAACAAUUUUGAGAGCAUGGGCUGUGAAAGAUUUUGCUCCAAAUUGUCCUUUGUAUGUUCAGAUAUUAAAACCUGAAAAUAAAUUCCACAUCAAAUUUGCAGAUCAUGUUGUUUGUGAAGAGGAGUUUAAAUACGCCAUGUUAGCUUUAAACUGUAUAUGCCCAGCUACAUCUACACUUAUUACACUACUGGUUCAUACCUCUAGAGGGCAAGAAGGGCAGCAGUCGCCAGAACAAUGGCAGAAGAUGUACGGGAGGUGCUCUGGAAAUGAAGUCUAUCACAUCGUAUUAGAAGAAAGUACUUUUUUUGCUGAAUAUGAAGGGAAGAGUUUUACCUAUGCUUCUUUCCAUGCACACAAAAAGUUUGGUGUCUGCUUGAUUGGUGUUAGGAGGGAGGAUAAUAAAAACAUUUUGCUGAAUCCAGGUCCUCGAUACAUUAUGAAUGCUUCAGAUAUAUGUUUUUACAUUAAUAUUACCAAAGAAGAAAAUUCAGCAUUUAAGAAUCAAGACCAGCAGAGAAAAAGCAAUGUAUCAAGGUCAUUUUAUCAUGGUCCUUCAAGGUUACCUGUCCACAGCAUCAUUGCCAGCAUGGGUACUGUGGCUAUAGACUUGCAAGACACAAGUUGUAGGACAGCAAGUGGCCCUACCCUGGCUCUUCCUUCAGAAGGAAACAAAGAAUUAAGAAGACCUAGUAUUGCUCCUGUUUUAGAGGUUGCAGAUUCAUCAUCAAUUCAAACAUGUGAUCUUUUAAGUGACCAAUCAGAAGAUGAAACUACACCAGAUGAAGAAAAUUCUUCAAAUUUAGAAUAUGCCAAGGGCUACCCACCUUACUCUCCAUACAUAGGAAGCUCACCUACUUUUUGUCACCUGCUUCAAGAAAAAGUGCCCUUCUGCUGCUUAAGAUUAGACAAGAGUUGCCAGCAUAACUACUAUGAGGACGCAAAAGCCUAUGGAUUCAAAAAUAAACUAAUUAUAGUUGCAGCUGAAACAGCUGGAAAUGGAUUAUAUAAUUUUAUUGUACCUCUCAGGGCAUAUUAUAGACCAAAGAAAGAAUUAAAUCCCAUAGUUCUGCUAUUGGAUAACCCGCCAGAUAUGCAUUUUCUGGAUGCAAUCUGUUGGUUUCCAAUGGUUUACUACAUGGUGGGCUCUAUUGACAACCUAGAUGAUUUGCUCAGGUGUGGCGUGACCUUUGCUGCCAACAUGGUGGUUGUGGACAAGGAGAGCACCAUGAGUGCUGAGGAAGACUACAUGGCAGAUGCCAAAACCAUUGUGAACGUGCAGACCCUUUUCAGGUUGUUUUCCAGUCUCAGUAUUAUCACUGAGCUUACUCACCCAGCAAAUAUGAGAUUCAUGCAAUUCAGAGCCAAGGACUGUUACUCUCUUGCACUUUCAAAACUGGAAAAGAAAGAGCGAGAACGAGGCUCCAACCUGGCCUUUAUGUUUCGCCUGCCUUUUGCUGCGGGACGAGUAUUCAGCAUCAGCAUGUUGGACACGCUUCUCUAUCAGUCAUUUGUGAAAGAUUAUAUGAUUUCUAUCACCAGACUUCUGCUGGGACUGGACACCAUACCAGGAUCGGGGUUUCUUUGUUCUAUGAAAAUCACUGAAGAGGACUUGUGGAUCAGAACAUAUGCCAGACUCUAUCAGAAGUUGUGUUCCUCUACUGGAGAUGUUCCCAUUGGGAUCUACAGGACGGAAUCUCAGAAACUAACUACAUCGGAGUCUCAGAUAUCCAUCAGUGUGGAAGAGUGGGAAGACACCAAAGAUGCCAAAGAGCCAGGGCACCACCGCAGCAUGCAUCGCAACUCAACCUCCAGUGACCAAUCAGACCAUCCAUUGCUGCGGAGGAAGAGCAUGCAAUGGGCUAGGAGGCUGAGCAGAAAAGGACCAAAGCAUUCUGGGAAAACUGCAGAGAAAAUAACCCAGCAGCGACUGAACCUCUACAGGAGGUCCGAAAGACAGGAGCUUGCUGAGCUUGUGAAAAAUAGGAUGAAACACCUGGGCCUUUCUACGGUGGGCUAUGAUGAAAUGAAUGAUCAUCAAAGCACACUAUCCUAUAUCCUGAUUAAUCCUUCUCCAGAUACCAGGCUUGAGCUCAAUGAUGUUGUAUACUUGAUCCGACCAGAUCCACUGUCUUACCUUCCAAACAGUGAACCCAGUAGGAAAAACAGCAUCUGCAAUGUUGCUGUUCAAGAUUCCCGGGAGGAAACUCAACUCUGAUGAAAAGAAAAUAAGGGACCUUAUUUUUCCCUACAUGGAUCUUGCUUGAAAUCAUGGAAAUAUUGUAGACGGCCCUACAAAACUGACUGGAAUGUAUUCAAUUUGGAACUUAAUACGGUAUUUAUUGACAUUUCCCUGCUUAGUCUAAAUUUCAUCAGUGGGGGAUUCUGAAAAUGCCUAUAAAAUACAGAAGUUAAAAUCUGAUAUUUAACUGUUCAAGAACUAUCAGAAUUGUAUGCAUCCUGUUUUAAAACAUUACUAAGACUAUUAAAACAAAGAAAUCCACCUAUAUUCAGUGUAUCACAAUGGCACUGAAGUUUGCUUUUCUCCUUAUAAUUAAAUAGGUCAUUAUAUUGUUUAACUUUGCUGUUUCUAAAAUUGAGCCCAAUAAGAAUGUAUGCUUAUCUCUAUCCAGAGAUUAAUCACUAACUUCUGUGGGUGACUGCAGUCUAAGAAUCAUAGUUUUCUUCAGAAUAGAUAUUUAGAGUCAUUUAUGUCUGUCUGUCCAUAUAUUAUUGUGUUCAUUUUAGAAGCUAUCAUAUCCAUAGCAUGUUUAAAUAUUCAGAAGAAACUAAAACACAAAGACCUAUUAAUCAUCUGGGCUUUUUGGUAGCUUCAUAUAUAAGGCAUAUUUUAUGCUGACAAACAUUUACUUAAGAAAAGAAUUAUUUUUUCUUCUAAAAAAUACCUUACAUAGAGAAAACAAUACAUAUCUUUUCAGUUAAUAUGAGUAUGAGAACUGGAAUAUCUUCCAUAAAUAUCAGAUGGGCAGUGAUGUCUUCUAUUACUGUAGGCUUUAAUAUUUUUCAUUAAGCUAUAUAGAAGAUUUCACUAAGAAAAUGGGUUCAAGUUUAAAAGAAGAGUAUUUAUACAUUUUAUCGACCACAGGAACACUUUAAAACCUUUAGCAUUCUCCAAAUAUCUUUGAUAUUAAAGACUUACACUUAAAAUCUGAUUUAAUAUAAAAAUAAUCAAACAUAUUAUAAUUCAACAUUAUAAGGAAAUUAUCAUUAAUAUACAUAUUUCUUCUAUUUUAAUUUUAAUAUGAAUUAUUAAGCAUUUGACAGAUAAUUUUAAAAUAAAACUUUGUCUUUAUUCCCUAUUAUUUCUCGUCAUAAAUACAGCAAAACUUAUGAGAGAAUAAAUGUAUACACACUUUGCCAAAUCAAAUAGAGUAAUAAAGAGUUCCCAUGACAGAUAUACUGGUACAUUUUAAAAACAAAAAUUAUGAUUUCUAUUGAUUUAUUUUUUUCAUGAGCAUGACACUUGCAACCUAAAAUAGUCCAUAUAUGAAAUGGAUGUUUUUCCUUCCUAAUCAUAAUGAAACAGAUCACAGAAAGGGAAAAUAAACUCUUUUAGGAAAAUGAAACCUAAUAUCCUCCAAAUAAUUAUACAAAAAAUGCAAACAUUAAAUGUGAAAUCAAAUUUUCUAGUCAUUUUACCAUUUGACAGGAAAAUAUAGAAUGUAUUUUUUAUUACCAGUACUUUACAUUACCCAUAAUUUAGAAUAAGAAAAGCAUGAAGGAUUCCCUCAAAAUAGAGAGAUGCUUUAGUCUUCAAAGAGGAUUGGUUUGAGUAAGUGACUUCAAAUUGAGAGCAUGCCUUCAAAAGUCAUGAUUGUAUGCAAAUGUGUGUAUGUUAUCUAUGUGAAAUACAAUUGAAAAACUCCACAUGAUAUUUAAAAUUGGAUGCAGGAUUGAAUUAUUGUGUGCAAUAGAUAAAACAGACUGAAUAGACUGACUUAUUUCACAUUUGGAUAUCAGUAGUUAAGUAAGAUAUUUCUUUUGAUUGACUUUUCUUUUAUUCCAUUACAGUUCUUUUAGGAAUAAAUGUCAGAUUUUAAAUGUCUUCUCUUUCCCAAUGAGCCAUGAAGUUUAGUAUUUUUACAUUAUGACAAUUGCUAAGACUGGAAUUUUAAGCUAGGAUAUGACUAUAUUUCCUAUAAAAAUUUUGUUUCAUAAAUUUUAAAAUAAUUAUUUUUGAUUAGUAUUAGCCCAAAUUUAAUAUUUGACCGAAUUAAUAUUGCUUGAUAUAAAAUAAUAGUUUAUAGUCUUUCCAAUUAUUUAAAGAAUAAAUUAUGCUUAUUAAAGACUUUCAACAAACUGUUGCCUUUUUAAAAUGAUUACACUUGCACAUGAAAAUAAAACAUGAAGUAACUGUGCUCUUAGCCCUUUGAGAAUUGGUUUGGUUUAUUGUCUAUGUGCCAUUUUUUGCUACUAGUUUUAUUGAAUUGCUUUAAAAUAGAUAACAAUAAAAUUAUUUCUGAUGAUGAUGAAAAUCUCUUGUUUUUUAUGGCUGAUCUCUGUUUUGAUAACUUAUGUUUGAAACUGUUAAAGUAUUUUCUCAUUUUUAAAUAACAAACCCAAAUAAAUGUGAAAGUUACUCAGUGUAAAAGAGAUAAAAAAUACUGCUGAAUUACUUUUUAACACUAUAGUCUGGAUAAUUAUUGUGUGGGGAAAGAUGGGUUGACAAAGAAAAAUAUGCACAACAGGAAGAAAAUGAUAAAGAGGGUGUGGGGAGUAAAUAAACUUAUUUGAAUACCAAAAGAAUGAUAUAUUUUAUAUUUAACAAAACAAAGUGUCAAGUCCUGAUAUGCUCAUUUAUAAAAUCCAGAAAAAUUACUACCUAAGUGAAAAUUAAUAUGGUUUUAAACGUUGAGUGGUCCUUUCUUUCAGGCAAACACUACACAUUUUUCAUCCUGUUUCUGUUGCUAUGGCUCCUGGAAGAAUCACGGAGAUUAUUUAAUGAGAACACAGACUUAGCGAUGAGAGUAGAAAGAGCAAGUAGAGAACAGAACCGCAGGAACAGUAGGGCUGUAUAUUCUGAGAUUCCAUACUGUCUUCCAUAUUUCCUUAUAAUGAUGUGGAGAAACCCAGUGGGUCUAAACAGUCCCUGGAAUACGUGUUCUGUCCACUGUAAGGACUGGGUACUGGAGCAGUGUGAUAUCUGGGAAUCAAAACCACUCUAGAUUUUAGAGUGUGGUCUAUACUUAGGGCAAGGACUGUUGUAAUAUACAGUGGUUAUUACAUAGUGACCCAAAGACACUCUCAGCAUAAAGAAGUGGAUCUUGGGAGAAGUGCUGCUGGGGAAGCAUGCUUCAGAACACUUUUACCUAGAAUCUUGAAGCAGAGUUCUAGAGAAUUCAUUUACUACAGCAAUGUUUGUGUGAGAUCCCACAGUGCUGCCUUCAAAUGUACCUAGCAUGUGUCUGAAGACUUUCCCCCAGAACCCUUUUUCUUGACUCUAAUGCCGUGUAUACUGUUUAUAUACUACUUCAUAAUCUUCAAGUUCUCUUUGCUAAUCAGUCUAAUUCUGCAUUCCCUUAAAAAUUAAUUCUUCACCACCAACAAUUUCUGCUUGCCCUGAAUAGAGAUUUCUUGGCCACCAUAGUGAAAGAAUGAUAAAAGACAAAAUACUCCUUUAGAAAAAAAACAUUAAUUUAUGAUACUUAUACCCUGGUUCAAAACUUGAACUCCUGGACUUGACAAAACACAAACAGAAGCAAUUGAAUUAGCAUUAUUCUACUUCAUAAAAAUUCCAGUCUGUAUAUUAACUAUAGGGAGAUGUUCACUCAAGCCCAGCAGGAAGAAACAGUACAACAUACAUGGUCACCCAAGAAAAAACAGUAUUUGCAAAUAUAAGAGCAGAAUGAGAGGAAAUACAAACUGAAACCACAAGUGAUCCAUGAAACUAAUCAAAGGAGAGCGGAUCAAACUGGACAUGGAAUGGAGCAGGGUCACAGUUCUGCACUUCUGCUUACAGUUAUGUGUAUGCCAAGAAAAGCAACUCACAGAAUUUAUCAGAAAGGACUUCAAAAGCAAGAUUAUCACAUCAGAGACUAGUAAUAAAUUAGGUCGAAAUUGCAUUUUUAAAAACACUGAUGGAGUCAAACAAAGAAAACAGUACAUUGUUUGGAGCCUUGGCAUUCUCUUGGCUGGCAGAAACAUUGUGUUUGAAGUUUGGGAUUCCUGCUAAAGUAUUUGUUACUGUUGUAACUGUUGUGAACAUCAGGACAGAUUUUCUUUGAAUAUUGUCAAAGGUACAGCAGAAAUUUAUCAAACAGUACAUGGACUAAAAACAAGUAUUUUAUGCAUAUUGUAUUUAUUUUGCAUGUCUUUGUUAUGUUGAAAAACUGAAACCUAAUUUAUUUAAUUAUAUUAUUUAAUAAUUUGUUAUCAUCCUACAGAAGCUGUAACAGUAUCCCUAUGCUUGAGUAACUUUGUAAACAAAAUAGAAUUUUGCUGCUUUUUUUCUUUGC